AUGGAAAAGCAAAACAAAGAAAGUAAACUUGAGACAAUCUCCUCUAAUGAAUAGUAAGAGCAUGAAAGAACUUCAUUAAUCUCAAAUUCAGAUAUUGGAGAAAAUUACAGAGCGAUUACAGAAACAUCUUAUUUCUCUACUCGCCAUUUAACUAAUGAGGAUAAGCUUUUGCGAACUUCUACUCACUACUAUUCUCUAUUGAACAUUUUCAAAGGAUAUAUAGGUAUCUCAUUCUUAGCCAUACCUCAAGGCUUUGCUUAGGUAGGAUUAUACGGAGCCACAAUCGAACUUAUCUUAAUCAUGAUACUUAAUCUUUAUUCUGUUUAUCUGCUUGUUAAAGCAAGGAACAAGUAUAAGAGACAACCAAUAAGAAAUAUUUGCGAUCUCUGUGAAUAAAUUUUUGGGCCAAGGGCAAAAAAUGCAGCAAACAUACUUCUAAUAAUAACAGAGAUUUAAUUCUGUGUAAGUUAUACAAUCUAUUUUGGAGAGUAACUUGAUUAAUUGUUUUGCUAAAUUCUGCCUAUAACUUCUUGCGGUAAAAAGUACUUGUACCGUCUAUUAUUUUCAAUCGCUAUAUUACCCCUAAUGUAUAUGAAAUAGCUCAGGAAGAUAGCAGUAUUUUCAUUUUUUUCAAAUGUAGCAACUAUUGUGGCAAUUAUUUUGAUUAUUUUAGUAGAAAUAAACAUUAUUUAAAACUAGCCACCUUAAACUGUUUAAUACGAGAACUUAAAGAUUAUCGAUAUUUGGCAAAUGCCUAUUUAUUUUGGUGUAGCAAUGUGUCUCUAUGAAGGAAAUGGACUAAUUUUAAAUCUUUACUCUGAAGUAGACAAGCCCCAUAAAUUUAUGAAUCAAAUUAGCUUGGUUCUGUCUUUGCUUACAGGCCUAGGAAUUAUAGUAGGCGCUUUAUCAUAUAUGGCUUUUGGAGGUAAAAUUGAAUCAAUUAUUCUUCAAAACUUGCCAAAUAAUGCUAUUGGAAUAUCGAUAAAGCUGAUGUAUAUGAUAACAAUUACUGGUAUCUAUGUAUUAGUUAUUUACCCAGUCUUCUAAAUAAUGGAAGAUGAUCAUAAGUAUAAAAACAUUGCACGAAUUGGAGAAAAUACCAAAUUCUUUUUGUUUAGAACCUUGAUUAUUGCCCUUAUUCUUGGCUUCAGUAUGCUUAUUCCUAAUAUCACUGUUAUGUUGUCUAUUGUUGGAAGUAUAAGUGGCACUCUUAUUUCAGUAAUUGUGCCAGCAGUGAUGUAUAAUACAGCCUAUAAAGAUUCAGAGAAGAAGUCAUUCAGAAGAAAGAUGAAUGUUAUAUUCAUGAUAAUCGGAUCAGUAUUUGGGACUAUAGGUUUUUACGAAAGUAUUAGAGCUAUUAUAUUUCCAAAAGAUGAAUGA